AUGGUCGCUACGAAUCCCACUGGCGCUGAGAAUGUCGUCGGCCUCAACAUUCACCAUGAUGUCGUAGAGCCAGCUGCGGUUUCUAUCGACAAGCCUGUCCAUGUCGAGAAGGGACCUGCUACCGUUGACGCUAUACCAACGCACUCAGCCGCAGAGUCUCAGGUCGACUCGCUUGAAGGAUCUAACGAAGUCGUAGACCUUGAAAGAUACCCACCGCCUACCGACGAAGAACGCAAAACCUUGCGAAAGGUUUGGGACACAAUCCCUUGGACUGCGUGGACCUUAUGCUUGGUCGAGGCUUCCGAACGUGCCUCUUAUUAUGGUGUCAAGGCCGUGUUCAAUAAUUUCCUCCAGUUUCCACUGCCAGAGGGUGGCGAUGGUACUGGCGCUGUUGGUCCCAAUAACCCUAAUGGUCACGCCGGGGCCCUCGAUCUCGGUCUUCAAACCGCGUCUGCAUUGGGUCUACUGUUCACUUUCCUGGCCUAUGUUAUCCCUAUCCUGGGUGCAUGGUGGGCCGACACGAAGGUCGGUCGGUACCCCGCCAUUGUAUACGGCGUAUUGAUCGGUGGCGUAGCACACGUUAUCAUGAGUCUUGAUUCCUACAUCGCCGGUGCAGCACCGGCUCUACUCAAAGCUGGAAAAGGCGUCGCUCCGUUCCUAGUUUCGUUUUUUCUUCUCGCCUUUGGCGCUGGUAUCUUCAAGCCCAACAUCGCGCCCACUCUUAUUGACCAGUACAAAUAUCAAAAGGAGUACACGAAAGUUCUCAAGUCUGGUGAAAAAGUUUUGGUCGAUCCUGAGACGACGAUUAGCCACAUCCUGCUCAUCUUUUAUGCCUUCGUGAACGUUGGGGCUUUCUUCGCGAUCGCUGUUGUCUACAUCGAGAAGUAUCAUGGCUUUUGGGAGGCCUUUCUUGCACCAGGUAUCAUUUACUUCCUGCUGCCACUAUUACUAGCUGCUCUCUAUAAGCGAUUGAUUAGAAAACCACCUCAGGGUUCGGACUUAACGCGUUUCGCCAAGAUCACUAUCGCGGCUCUUAAAAAGAGCAAAGGCAACAUUUUCUCUAAAAACCUCUGGCAUAACGUCAAGCCUUCUACACUGGCUGAGCAAGGCAUCGUCGUUAGUUAUUCUGAGAAGGAUGUCAGCGAUGUGGAUCGUACAUGGGAAGCUGUCCAGAUCUUCCUUUAUAUUCCUAUAUGGGUUAUUAAUGAUGGUGGUGUCGGUAACACUCAGAGCAAUCAGGCAGCUGCCAUGACCUCCAACGGCGCACCCAACGAUCUGUUGAAUAACUUUAACCCGCUAACGAUCAUUGUCGCAUCACCACUCAUAGCCCAAUUCCUCUAUCCAUUCCUGGAGAAAAAGGGUAUCAAAUUCAAGCGUAUCGAUCGCAUGAUAUUUGGGUUCCUUCUCGCUACUGCCUCGGGUGUUAUCGGCGCUAUCAUUCAGUACCGUGUAUAUGAAACUAGUCCUUGUGGGUAUGCAGCCAGUACGUGCGACAACGUCUCGCCGAUCAGUAUCUGGUGGCAGAUUCCGAAUGCCUCGCUGGGUGCCCUAUCUGAGAUCUUCGUCAACGUCACGGCGUACGAACUUGCCUACGCUCGAGCACCCGAAAACAUGAGGGCCACUGUUAUUGCUCUGUUCCUCUUCAUGACGGCCUUGUCUAGUGCUCUAGGAGAGAUCUUGAUCCCAGCCAUUAACGAUCCGACUCUUGUGUGGGCGUGGGCCGCUCCCGCCAUUGCUCUGUUUGUGCAGACAGUCAUCUUCUGGUGGAGGCACCGACAUAUCAAUGAGGAUGCAUUCAUGACUAAAGAGGAGGACUUCCAGUCUGUGACCAUAAAGGAAGAGAAGCCGGAUCAACCGGAGGUAGACGCCAACAAGGCUGAUGAGAAGAAGGAAGGCUAAAACGACUACCAGUGAAGAGCUUUACUGCUAGGACGAUUAAGUGCCCGAGUGUGAGACCAAUACAAUAUGAGAUGAUACCGAGAACCGCACGCUGGAGAAAUACAUAGGAGUCAACUCAAAAUCGCCUCUGCUAUCGUCUGUUUGUCUCAUGCCCCAUGACAGGGCUACCUU